AUGGUGAGAACACGAAACCAAGCAAAAGGGAAAUUACCUCGAAGAGGCCCUGCACCACAUUACUCCGGCUCUGGAAUCCUCUCCAACCCAGUCCACAUCGACGAUGAUGACACCUCAAGAAUCAUCAUGGACCCCGUCCCCAUCUCACGAGUGCCAUUCCAGACCAUCCAAGAACACCAAUCUGCAUCUUCAGGUAAUCCGGAACUCACUAUCGAUCUAUUUGGAAAAACCCUAGAUCAUGUGCCCAAUUUGGGGAAAAACCCUGAAUCAAACACAGGUGUUCUAGGUCACGGUCAAGAACCAUGUCCUUCUUCCCUCGACAUCCCUGAAAAAGACCUAAACAGGUCAUCAGGACAAAAUCACGAAACAGAGGAAACACAUUAUCAGGAAAUAGAAGAAUCACACAGUCUAGAACCAAACAAAAAGAGACUAAAAAGGACAGACCCAUAUGAAGGUGGUGAUCCUAGAGCCAAACGGCCAGAUGAUUUCCCAAUCAGAGCCGGGCCUCCUCAAAGACAACCCACUAACCCCCCACCAAGAUUACCCAAAUCCAAAAUAGCAAUCAAAAGGGGAAGUGAACCAGAGGAAGAUCUGAGCUGGGCUUCGGAAGAACACCCAGAUAAUGAUGUUGAAAAUAUUGUUCAAGAAAAGAGAAAACCUACUAGAAAAGGAAAGCAAAAGAAAAAGGGCAAAGGAAAGGUGUCACCAGCAGAUGAUCAGUCUACCCUACCAAAACCACACAGCACAAAAUUUUUGAGUCAACAAUCAGCAAAUCUGUGGAGCAAGGUUAUUGAAAGAAAGAUUCUUAGUCAAAAAUUACUUUUGAUAGACAAACUGAACAAACAUGAUCAAAUCCGAGAAAUCUUGACAAAAAAUCACCUACUUGGUUCUGUCACAAACAUAGAAGCCUAUGAUGAACAGGUUGUUCAAGAAUUCUACAGUAAUCUAACCAAAGACAUCACCAUCUCCACAAGUCCAAUGUAUGGAAAAAUAUAUCUAAGGGGAAAAUACUAUGAAUUCAAUCCGGAUAUCAUCAACAACCACAUCAACACCACUGAAGGAGAGGAAAGAAUACUCCUUGCAAAUGAUGAAGUCAAUCAAGAACUCACAGCAGGGAAUGUGAAUCUGGAGAAAAACAAAAUUAAGGCUGCAUCACUAACAAGCAAAUAUGCCGUAUUACAGAAAAUCGCACUGGCAAAUUGGAUGCCCUCAUUACAUGAGUCAACACUCAAAAGAAGCCUUGCAGACCUAUUAUAUAAGAUUGGAAAAGGGAUCAAAGUUGACCUUGGAAAUCUCAUCUACACACAGGUCACAAACCUGGCAGAAAACAAAGGAACCAAAGCUUGUCUUAUAUUUCCAAACCUCAUAUGUUCUGUCCUAGCAAAACAAGGACUCAAGAUUCACAAGCCAACAUUGUUUGAGCUAGAGGCUUCUGAGAAACAUGUAUUGAGGAAACAAAUGGAAAUCAAAGAAGAAAAAAUUGAAGUACAACAAUGGCUGAAAGCCCUGAAAUUAGAAAGUAAUGAAAAUGAAGAAAAUGAAGAAGGUGAUCAAGAACCUGAAGAUGACCAAGAAAAUGAAGAAAAUGAAGAAAAUGAAGAAGAAGAUUUUCAAGAACCUGAAGCUGAAAGUAGUGAAAACUCCACCUGA